AUGGAGGCGUGGACCCAAUUCUUCAUACGAGCCGGUAUUCCGAAAGAAAUCGCUCAAAAAUAUGCAAAAUCCUUCCAUAAUAAUCGAAUCACCAAGGAAAUGCUGCCAGAGCUUGACAAAUCGACGUUAUCAGAGCUUGGAGUGACUGCAAUCGGAGAUCAGCUCUGCAUACUCCGCCGAAUUAAAGCCGCAAAAUCCGCUAUCGAACGUGGCAAUGACGAUAUGGAUGAAGUGGAGGCACCGAAAACUGCACCAAAAGCCCGAAUUACCGCUCCAAACUCUGAAUUUUCGACGAUUCCCGACCAUCGGCGUGGCAAACCACCGCCAGAUCGUCAUGAGAUAUACCACGUGAAGAUGCCGGUUGGAAAUACACAUAGAACUCGCGAAAUAAUGCAAAAAGCAGAGCAAAUGAGAGAGCAAGGUCUUGCAGUCCGUGGAACCACCGGUGUCCGUCAAGGUGGGCGGAGCGUGUCUCCGAUAGACAAGAGCAGUCUAGCGGCGAGAAUGUAUCGAAAACAGUUGCCAGAGGUGUCCUCGUCGACGGAUCGUCGUAAGAUUGGUACCAAAAUCGAGAGAAUCGCGCCGUCACGCAUUAAGAAAACCAUCACAAACCGCCCAUCUCUCAGCUCCCGUCUAACCUCUUCCUCUGCCGCGACACCAUCCGGCUCUCUACGAAUCAGUGUGGAUCCGAAUGGGAAAAAGACGACGUCACGGAUAGAAGGACGACUUCAGAAGAUAGUACUUCCAGUCAGAAAUCCGCCGACAGAAGUGUAUGUUGGUGGUGGAGAUGUUGAGGAGUACGAGAUGGAAGAGGAAGAAGAAGUGUUGGAUUAUGAGGAUGAUGAGAUGCCAUACGAAGAAGAGCUGAUAGAAGAAGAGUACGACGACGUCGUCACCGUCGCACCAGUCCGUGAGAGAAUCUCCUACUCUUCAUCAUCCAACCGUAUGGCUAGUACCGUCCAACGUGCACCAGCACCACAGCAAUCUCGUCACCAAUCGAGCUCCCAUGGCUCCAGCUCCAGCUACCGUACUCAUCGUCCACAACUCCGUGUCGUCGAAAUGUCACCACCGCCAGAGCGUGAACAACCGACAGUUUUCGAUCGAAUCUCUCGUGUCCCGUUUAAUAGUCGUCGUUAA